AUGGAUGAUAAAAAUGCAACUACAGUAGUAUUUUUCGACAUGACCCGUGCAUUUGAUCUAGUUUCUCAUAACAGACUUCUAGAGAAACUGGAGAAGUAUGGACACUCCAUCAGAAAUUGCAGGCAACGCACGACUUGUAGGACUUGUAACUACAAACAUCAUACGCUGUUACACAAUGAGAAUUUAAUCACAAAAACUGCCAUUGCUGAUUCUCCAGACUCAGAUAAAGAAUCCUGUUCAUCGGAGCCUGUCCAGAUCACUAGUAUGAAAGUAUUUUCUCCUGAAAAACAAGUCCUGCUCGCUACAGCUCAAAGAUUAUUGCAGAUGGAGAAACGAUUCAUACGUAAACCUGAAUUCCAAAGGAAAUAUACCGACUUUAUUGAUGAAUAUCAAAAUUUAGAUCAUAUGGAAGAUGUCAGUUCACAGGAGAAGAUUACUCACAAACCCUAUUAUUUACCUCAUCAUGCAGUUGUCAAUGAGUCUAGUUUGACAACUAAGUUAAGGGUCGUAUUUGAUGGAUCGGCGAAACCUGAACAUGGAACAGCACUUAAUGAUGAGCUGCUUAUAGGACCAGCUCUACAACAAGACCUACGAGAUUUAAUUUUACGUUGGCGUACACACAAGAUUUGUUUGAUUGCUGACAUUAAGCAGAUGUACCGUCAGAUUUUAAUCUCUAACAAUGAUGUGGACUACCAACGCAUUCUUUGGCGUCGUUUUCCAUUAGAAGAUGUCACUGAAAAGCGCCUACUAACAGUAACUUAUGGUACCUCUUGUGCUCCUUUCCUAGCCAUUCGCACGCUUAAACAAUUAGCUUUAGAUGAAAAGUCUGUUUAUCCAGACUGUUUUGACAUUAUUAACAACGAUUUUUACAUGGAUGAUUUAUUGACUGGUGCGAAUGACGAGGAAACAGCAGUUUAUUUACUAAGUAGAAUUACUGAAGUUUUGGCUAAAGGACAGUUUUUAAUGCAUAAGUGGGCAUCAAACAGCAGCAUGAUUUUGGCACAAAUUCCAGAUAAAGAUAAAGUCGCAAAUGAAUGUAUCGAUAUCACUAUAGAAAAUACUAUUGAAGCAUUAGGUAUUAAAUGGAACUCGCGGUUAGAUGUCUUUGAUGUCACAGAUACAGUUAAACCUUUUACAAAGUGCUGUCUAAUAUCGCUAGAAUCUUUGACCCCUUAG